AUGAUUCAUACCACUCUUACGCAAUAUCCUGAGCUCAAAACAACUAUGUUUUAGGUGAAAUUAACAGACUAGGGAGAUUAUGUUCAUCUGGUGUCAUCUUCACUUUGCUGAUGAAAUUCUCUGGCUUUCUCAGGUUGUCAAGAUCCCAAAAUGCAGUGGACCCAUUAUUGCAUAGCGAGAGGCAGUCAGUGGCAGCCCUCCAUCAGCCUGGCUCAGAUCACUGCAGCCAAUAACAGACCUGAGCUGGUCGUCAGCUUCACUCCUGACCCACUGUGUGACCAGUACAUGAUCAUUGUUCGCUGCGCCAAUUUAGACCACCAUGUAGCCCGGGCACACACGGCUAAUCAGACCACCCUCAAUGUAACAUUCAGUCUGGAUAAAUGGCCCAGAUCUUGCUGUCAGUUUGACGCUGAGAUCAAACCUCUUUUCCCAGAGUGUGGCCAGGACUGCACCCGGGCUUAUGCAAGGAUCCUGUUUGUGGACUUCAGCUCGGCGUUCAACACCAUCAUCCCGGACAUCCUCAGCAACAAACCCUCCCAGCUCACUGUGCUAGCCUCCACUUGUCAGUGGGUCACAAACUUUCUGACUGACAGGAGGCAGCAGGUGACGCUAGGGAACAUCACAUCCAGCACACGGACUAUUAGCACUGGCACCCCUCAGGGGGCGGAGAGGCAGAAGUAG